AAAAUUGAUUUUAUACAUUAAAAAAAAAAAGCGAAUCCACUUGUAACGUGGCUAUGUCUCUUGUGCGUCCGAUCUAUCCUCUCCAAUCCUUCUUGGCCAGAAGCAAGAGAUGGUUUCCGGUUCGAACAGGAACAAAACCGGUUUGUUUAGCAAUGAGUACCAGAGCCGAAACAAGCGGUGCUGACCGAGAGGAGAAAGUAGUGAUUGUUGGCGGCGGGAUUGGCGGACUUGCCACCGCCGUUGCUCUUCACCGGCUUGGAAUCCGGUCGGUGGUGUUGGAGCAGGCAGAGUCGCUUCGGACCGGAGGAACAUCUCUGACGCUAUCCAAGAAUGGGUGGCGUGUUCUUGACGACAUCUCCGUUGGACCUCAACUCCGAAAACAGUUUCUUGAAAUCCAAGGGGUGGUAGUGAAGAAGGAAGAUGGAAGAGAGCUUCGUUCUUUCCAAUUUAAAGACAAUGAUCAAAGCCAAGAAGUUCGGGCGGUGGAGAGACGAGUACUCUUGAAAACACUUGCAAGCCAGCUUCCUCCGCAAACCAUUCGGUUUUCCUCAAAACUAGAAAGUAUACAAAGCAAUGUCAAUGGUGACACUCUCCUUCAACUUGGAGAUGGAACUCGGUUGCUUGCAAAUAUUGUUAUAGGUUGUGAUGGUAUCCGGUCUAAGGUUGCAACUUGGAUGGGGUUCAGUGAGCCGAAAUACGUUGGUUAUUCCGCUUUCCGUGGCCUCGGGUUCUUUCCAAAUGGACAGCCAUUUCAGCAAAAGGUGAACUACAUAUUCGGUAGAGGGCUUCGAGCUGCAUAUGUACCUGUAUCUACAACAAAAGUCUACUGGUUCAUCUGUUUCAACAGCCCAUCUCUAGGUCCCAAAAUUACAGAUCCAGCUAUCCUAAGAAAACAAGCCAAGGAACUGGUUAGUACCUGGCCAGAAGAUCUGCAAAACCUCAUCGAUCAAACACCUGAUGAUGCAAUCAGCAGAGAUCCUCUUGUAGACCAGUGGGUUUGGCCUGGUAUUGCUCCUCGAGCAUCAAAAGGUCGGGUUGUUCUUGUUGGAGAUGCUUGGCACCCAAUGACUCCAAAUCUUGGACAAGGUGCUUGUUGUGCCUUGGAAGAUUCAGUUGUUCUGGCAAAUAAACUUGCCACUGCAAUGAAUGGAGGGACCGAAUCAAUUGAAGGGGCAAUGGAAUCAUAUAGGAGUGAGAGAUGGUCUCAGGUAUUCCGGUUGACAGCACUUGCAAACCUAGUUGGAAAACUUCUGCAGUCGGACAAUCCUCUUGUGUGUUCCAUUAGAGACAAUAUUGUCGUGCAAUGGGACAAUCCUCUCGGACCAAUUCUGGAACACACAAACUUUGAGUGUGAGCCUCUCUAUGUUUCAAAAAGCUGAAUUUGGCAGCCAUUUUGAACUGUCUAUGUAGUGAGAUCUAAAAGCAUUUGUUCCAUUAGAUAUAGGACUUGAACAAUGUAUAAUCAGAGGAACAAUCUCAAAGAAGAUAAUAAAAACUCUGUGAAUUGAAUGUAAAAGAA